GAGUUUUGUCUUGCCUCUGAAUGCCCUUACACUGUGUAUUUUGACCUGUGCCUGCUUUUGACUACGCCUCUGUUUCUUGUCUGCCUGCUACCUCUGCCACGCUGCUGGACCACACGUACUAACUACCUACCUACCUGAACAAGCUGAAGUCUUCUCAAAGAGAAAAAAUUCGUCAGUUCAUGAUAUUCACACAAUCCAAUGAGAAAACUGCAUUGGCCUGUCUGUCACAAAACGACUGGAAAUUGAAUGUUGCCUCUGACAGGUUUUUCCAAAGUCCAGAACUCUAUGUUUCAAAUCUAAAGGGCACAUUGAACAAGAAGAAGCUUGAGGAGCUCUACUGUAGGUACAGAGAUCCUCAUGAUGAUAAGAUUGGCAUCGAUGGCAUCCAGCAGUUUUGUGAUGACCUCGGACUGGAUCCAGCCAGUAUCAGUGUGCUCCUUAUAGCCUGGAAGUUCAGGGCAGCAACACAGUGCGAGUUCUCAAAACAGGAGUUCAUGAAUGGCAUGACAGAGCAGGGAUGUGACACUAUAGAGAAACUUAAAGCUCAGCUGCCAAAACUGGAACAAGAAUUAAAGGACCAAGGGAGAUUUAAAGAUUUUUACCAGUUUACAUUCAAUUUUGCAAAGAAUCCUGGCCAGAAAGGUUUGGAUUUAGAAAUGGCAAUUGCAUACUGGAAUUUAGUAUUACCUGGCAGAUUCAAGUUCCUGGAGCUGUGGAACAAGUUUUUAAUUGAACACCACAAAAGAUCCAUUCCCAAGGACACUUGGAACCUCUUGUUAGACUUCAGCACAAUGAUCACUGAUGACAUGUCAAAUUAUGAUGAAGAAGGAGCCUGGCCCGUCCUUAUUGAUGACUUUGUGGAGUUUGCACGAUCGCAUAUUGGCACCAGAAGCACAGCAGUGUAAUGGCCUCUCUCGCUGAACGACAUGAGAUAUCUACAACAAAAAGAAGUGCAGAAUAAAGAUUGGGGGAACAGACUGAACUGAGAACGAUGUUACCUUUCCAACAUGUCUACCCUCAGGACUAAUAUUUUACUCAGCAGUAUGUAUAUAUAAGACUGUAUGUGUCUUUGUCAGAAAAUCGGAGCGCAGGAUUUGAAAUGUUUAAGAUUAUCUCAAGAUUUGGGCUUUGGUUGUUUGUUUUUUGUGUACUCGAGCCAACUAGAGCGGAGUCACCAUGUCAGCCUAUGUGGUUGCUCUUCAGCUUUUUAUAUGUGGUUUGGGCUCAGUUCCAGCACAGGUACCUAAACACACUUGAAUAAAACCCAAGGGUCUAUCAGAUGUCAUUGUUUAUACAUUGAAUUUUAAUGCUUGUGUUGCUGAGUGGGUUUCAUAAUUUGUGUGACAAGUAGGGAUGAAAUAUUGAUUGUAAUUUUUUCUUAAUCCUCUAAAUACAUGUUAGAUGCAAUAAAUAUUUCAAAUUUACAUCUU